CUUUCAUUUGAGUGUUUGUUUUGAUCUUGUUUUAUUUUAUGUCAUCCGAUAUAAACACAAUGGAUGCUAGUAGUUCUCCAGUUCGUUCUGAUAGACAUACAGAGGCAAUGACGUCCCCUGCACCAGAUAUAGAUGAACCAUUUGAAGAUGAAUCUGAUCUGCUUGGUAAUGACAAUGAUGUCAAUCAAGAUGAAGAACAAGAAGAAGAGGGAGAAGAAUUAUUUGGAGAUAAUAUGGAAGCUGAUUACCGUGCUAUGCCAGCUUUAGACAGAUAUGAUCCAGAUGUAGUUGAUGAUGAAGACUACUCAGAAAUGUCUCAAGGAGAACGUGCUGCUGCUGAAGCUACUAUGCAUAAAAGAGAUAGAGCAGCAGGCAUCACCAGAGAUGAUAGGUUUUUACUUUAUGAUGAAAGUGAUGAAGACGAAGUACAGGCACAUAAGCGGCGUAUGGCUGAAAAAGCUGCAACAGGUGAAAUAGAAGAUACAGAAAUGAUUGAGUCUAUUGAAAAUUUGGAAGAUACUAAAGGACGUUCAGUUAAAGACUGGGUAACUAUGAUAGGACCCAGAACAGAAAUUUCUAAUCGGUUUAAGAGUUUUUUACGUACACAUACAAAUUCAAAGGGACAGUACAUGUACAAGGAAAGAAUUCGUCACAUGUGUGAGAGUAAUCAAUCGAGUUUUGUUGUGGAAUUCCCUAUUCUUGCUAGUAAAGAGCAUGUUCUGGCUUACUUCCUGCCAGAAGCACCAUUUCAAAUGUUAGAAAUAUUUGAUGAAGUAGCAAAAGAGCUAGUGUUGACUAUUUUUCCCAGUUAUGAAAGAGUCUCGACCGAGAUUCAUGUUAGAAUAUCAGAGCUACCUUUGAUAGAAGAAAUCCGUACAUUUAGGAAGCUACAUUUAAAUCAGUUAGUACGUACUCUGGGUGUGGUUACUGCAACAACAGGAGUACUGCCACAAUUAUCAGUUGUGAAAUAUGACUGUACAAAAUGUGGAUAUGUACUUGGACCUUUUGUACAAAAUCAAAAUGUCGAAGUUAAACCUGGAUCAUGUCCUGAGUGUCAAAGCAUUGGGCCAUUUAUGAUUAAUAUGGAACAAACAGUAUAUAGAAAUUAUCAAAAAGUUACAAUCCAAGAAUCACCAGGUAAAAUCCCUGCAGGAAGAAUACCUAGAAGUAAAGACUGCAUCCUUCUAUCUGAUCUCUGCAAUCGCUGUAAACCUGGCGACGAAGUGGACGUUACCGCCAUUUACACGAAUAACUACGAUGGUUCUUUAAAUACAGAACAAGGUUUCCCAGUAUUUGCAACGAUUCUUCUAGCCAAUCAUUUAAAUGUGAAGGGUUCGAAAGAAAUAGUGGAAUCUCUAACUGAGGAAGAUAUUUCUAGUAUUAUUUCCUUAAGUAAAGAUCAUCGAGUUUUCGAUCGUAUUGUUGCAAGCAUUGCACCUUCGAUCUAUGGACACGAAUAUACAAAAAGAGCCUUGGCAUUGGCAAUAUUUGGGGGUGAAUCAAAGAAUCCAGGUAAUAAGCAUAAAGUAAGAGGAGAUAUUAACGUGUUGAUGUGUGGUGAUCCAGGGACAGCCAAAUCUCAGUUUUUAAAAUUCACUGAAAAAAUUGCACCGCGAACAGUAUAUACCACAGGUCAGGGAGCCUCAGCCGUUGGCUUGACUGCUUUUGUGAGAAAGUCGCCACAAACUCGAGAGUGGACAUUGGAGGCCGGAGCCUUAGUACUCGCUGAUCAUGGAAUUUGUCUGAUUGACGAAUUUGAUAAGAUGACCGAUCAAGAUAGAACGUCUAUACACGAAGCUAUGGAACAACAGAGUAUUUCUAUUUCAAAAGCAGGAAUUGUUACAUCCCUUCACGCUAGAUGUUCAGUAAUCGCUGCAUCUAAUCCUCUUGGAGGAAGAUACGAUGCUAGUUUGACGUUCUCAGAAAAUGUAGACUUAUCAGAACCAAUUUUGUCUCGAUUCGACAUUCUGUGCGUGGUAAAAGAUGAAGUAGAUCCUAUGCAAGAUAGACACUUGGCUAAAUUUGUUGUAAACUCUCACAUUAGACAUCAUCCAGCAAAUGCGGAGAAAACAGUGCCUGUAGAAGAUAAUCCAAACGACAUAUCCAUUCCACAAGAUCUUUUAAAGAAAUAUAUAGUUUAUUCCAGACAAAAUGUUCAUCCCAAGUUGACAAAUAUUGAUCAAGACAAAGUAGCAAAAUUAUACAGUCAAUUGAGACAAGAAAGUUUGGCUACUGGAAGUUUACCAAUUACUGUACGACAUAUAGAAAGUAUUAUACGUAUGGCUGAAGCAAGUGCUAAGAUUCAUUUGCGAGAUCAUGUUCAAGAAAAUGAUAUUAACCUUGCUAUCAGAAUGAUGCUUGAUAGUUUUGUUGACACACAAAAGUAUUCAGUAAUGAAAAGCAUGCGCCAGACAUUCCAGAAGUACUUGUCAUAUAAGAAAGAUCACAGUGAACUUUUGUAUUACAUACUUAGACAAAUUACAUUAGACACUUUAGCAUUCCAGAAAGCUUUACAUGGAAGUCGUAUUCAAACGAUCGAAAUCUCAGAAAAAGAUUUGUUGGAUAGGGCUAAACAACUCGACAUAUACAAUCUUCAUCCGUUCUAUGAAAGUAAUAUCUUCAAGUCAAAUAACUUUGUAUAUGAUUCUAGAAGGAAAAUAAUAAUACAAACUCUUCCAGAGAGUAUUGAUGACUAA